AUGACCUCCCAACCGGAUCUGGCACCGCAAUUCCUUGCCUACGAUGAAGGUCCAUUUAUCAUUAGAUUAUUUAUCUAUGGCUUUAUCGCUAUCGGUAUUGUUGCGGUCUAUCGUGGAGGCUCUGGGAAACACCUUGCUGCCAAUCUGAUAGUAGAACCUAACGUAUUUAGCAGAGCAGUUUUGUAUCUUUCCGUGGGCGACAUCCUCUAUGCUACCAGCAUUGCCCUCCUCAAAGCCUCCAUCUUGGUCAUGUACUGUCGAAUAUUUCCAUUAAGAUCCAUGAAGGUUGGUGGAUACUCGCUUGGUGUUAUCGUUCUCAUGUGGUGGAUCGCGGUCUGUCUCCUCACCAUAUUCCAAUGUCGGCCCGUCCGGAAGGCCUGGGGUAUGUCCACCACAGAGGGCACAUGCAUUGAUAAAGGCAUAUGGUUUACCAGCGUCGCGGUCCCGAAUAUCGUCACCGACGUGGCAAUCCUGGCCCUGCCCGUCCGCCAGGUUUCCUCGCUUCGGCUGAGCAGAGCUCGGAAGAUGGCUGUUUCUGGCAUCUUUCUCCUCGGAGGCUUCGUGGUUAUCGUCAGUUGCCUGCGGCUCCGGUGCCUGCUCGACUUGCGCGGUGGAGAAGAUGGGGACUUUACCCAACUUGUCGCCUGUGUCUGGUGGUGGAGUGACGUGGAAAUUUCUAUCGGAUGUGUAAGCGCGUGCCUCCCAACUCUCCGGCCCUUGGCGCGAUUGUUGGUCGGCCUCUUCAGACGGUACACGACGAGCAACAGAGUCACCGACGGCUUUAAUAGCGUUGCGACAAUUGGCUGCGCACGGUCGAGGCACCCCGAAGCCAUGACUGGCGAUGGAGUAGAAUCAUGCGAGCGACUCGGCGAUGAAGGAGCGCCAACCACGGAUCUAGAUAUACGGCAGGGGCACUCGAAUGAAGCGAGCACUGUCGCACUCGGGAACCGGGAUUCAGAUCUACAAAGUGAGGCGAUUCCAAUGAGCGCCGUCAUAGCCGAACACAACAUGUGUUGA